UCCCGGCCCACUAGGCGGCAUGGGGAUGUAAAUGUAUAUAUAUCCCUACUCUGGGGGCUUGAUUCCAACUCUUAGGCUUAUCUUUCUGGACGUCCGUUCCUCCCUUGUACCUGACAACCAGCCGCUUGAUUCAACCAUGUCCCACUCCGGAGCCCAGGGCAGCAUUGGGAGCCACCCAGCCAUGGGACUGCGUGCCCACAAAAUGUACCUGUUUGAGUUUGAGAACUUCCAGGGUCGUAUGAUGGAGUGCAUCACUGAGUGCCGUAACCUGUGUGAGAAGGGCUUUGAGAGGAUCGGCUCCAUCAGGGUGGAGUGUGGACCCUGGGUGGGCUAUGAGCAGCAGAACCUGAGUGGAGAAAUGUUCAUGCUGGAGAAGGGAGAGUACCCCCGCUGGGAUACCUGGAGCAACAGCUACAGGUGUGACCGCUUCAUGUCCGUCAGGCCUGUUCGCAUGGACACCCAGGACCACAAGAUCUGCCUGUUUGAGUGUAAUAACUUUGAGGGCCGUAAGAUGGAGGUGUGUGAUGAGGAUAUCCCCAGUCUGUGGUCCUACGGCUUCCAGGACCGUGUGGCCAGCAUCCAGGUCACUGGUGGAACUUGGGUUGGCUACCAGUACCCCGGUUACCGUGGCUACCAGUACGUGUUCGAGUGCGGUGUCUUCAAGCACUGGAACGAGUGGGGCGCCCACCAUCCCCAGAUCCAGUCCAUCCGUAGAGUGAGGGACAUGCAGACACAUCGCAGAGGCUGCUUUGAGUGGACCAUCUAGAUGGGGCCAGGCAGGCGACGGGUCAUGGGCCAGCAGGACAGAGGGGAAGGGGCCUGGCUUGCCCUGGAGCUAACCAUCCCUGGGUCUGGAGCUCCAUCUUGGAACGCCACACAGCCAACAUAAGCUAACAGCGUACAUCACUGGCUCCACCUCAAUCACUUUUACAAGUAGUAACAUUCAGGGUGUGUGUACUGUGAUGCACAAUCCUUGAAUGAAGACAGUGCCACCUAUUGGGUAAAGGUUGCUACUGCAGUUCACCUGCAGCUGACUUCCACAAUGCCUGAAUAUAAUAAUACUGGUGAAAGUGAUAGCUGUACUCUCUGUUCCAAGACCUGAUGGAAUUAUAGCAUGAGAAGAUUUAUGAUAUUUAUGAUUGGGAUUUUAAUUGGAGAAAGGGAAUUAGUUAACAAAGAUUUUAACAAGUUAUAUAACUUCAUUAGUUUGUGUUCACUAGUUUGUUUCCAUAUCUGCAAACCCAAUUUAUUUUAUACAUCUUAGUUGCUUAUGUGUUUCUUAGCUAUAUACCUAAUGAUGCCGAAUAAGCCUGUUCAUUACAAUGCUCUA